CGUGAUGCUUCCUGUCACAUGACGCGAGAGAAUGGGAAGCCGAUAUAAAUACUCUUUUUUAAAGCCAUUAUACAUAUCAUCCUAAACUGACAUUUAAUUUAAAACUCAAAAACAAAAUAAUAUAGUCAAAACUGGAUACAGUAAGUACUAACAAUUACUUUUAAGAUAGAAUAAAGGGGAAGUAGGGCAGCCGUUCUCUAUGGUGCUCUAUUGAUCCCAGGCUGAGCAGAAGACAAGAUGACACCAAGCAGGAUGAGUGUAUGUCUGCUCUUCUUCGUCUUCUCCGCAGUGUAUGGCGGGGAGCUGACUGUUAGCCAUUCCCCAAGCACCCUGCGGUUUGGGCAUGCUGAUGCCCUCAGAACCAGCGACCUUGAUGAUGUGUUGGCAGCAUCCCUUGGCUACACUCCUGUACAGACUUCACUGUGGCCAGGACUCACCAUCACCUCACCGUUCUCCAGCCCCACCGCAGCUGUACUGGUGGAGGUGCACAGUGGGGGUGCCAGUGUGCGUCAAGAGGGUACCACCUAUGGCCUCAAAGAAGAUGUUUCUAUUGACGAAGUGUUUAACCACAUAAAGAAUGUUUAUGGCUCCCGGGCCCAGCGACAUACCCUCUUUAAGCAUCUCACUGUUGACACCUCGCCAAAUGACAGUUGGAUCCACACCAUACCCAAAACACAGGUGUUGGAUUACUCACAGGAGCCUGAUGCUUCUUUCCUGCGGGAGAUGGCUGCCUUGGUGACCACAGCACGUACAGCUGAAGAGAUCACGACCAUCCCACAUGGUGGGCAGGAUGUCAUCUUCCUGGAAGUUAGUGGCAUGGAGCAGCUGGUGAGAAAGUAUGGAGCUGACUCUCCCCAGGUUGAAGAGGCAAGCAGUGUGCUGCGUGCUCAGCUGUCCAAAGUGACAGAACUGAUGCGUGAAGUAUACAGUGACCGUGUUGUGGUGAUGAGCGCCACAGUGGAGGAGGCCAAGCAGCUUUCUAGACGUGCCCGCUCCAUACUGCAGGUUGCUGAGACUGAUGACCCCAAUGUGAACAAGAGUUAUUCUUCUGACUACCCAGCCAUCUUCAACAUCAUCCUGUGGCUGAGUAUUGUCCUGGUCCUGGCCAUCCUGGCCAUCUCUAUGUCCAUGUGGAACAUGGAUCCUGGCCGUGAUUCCAUCAUCUAUCGCAUGACCACCAUGCGCAUGAAGAAAGACAAUUAAUUGUGUUAAAAGAAUAUGUGUGUAUGAUUAUUUUGAGCACAAACAGUAAAUUAGAUAGUUUGUGUAUUAGGGAAAUCAUAUAAUUUGUAUCUUAAAUUUGAGGGAAAUUAGUUCUUAUUUAUUUUAUUUUACUUAAGUUUUUUGUGGUGUGGAUGUCUUGUACAAGAUGUAUAAAGGAAGUUAUUGUGACAGUUUUGAGGUUGAUGUGUAUAUAGUAACCAGAUUUAUAUGAUAGCAUAUUUAGUACCCUCUUUUUUUUUGUUUCAUGAUGAAAAUUGUUGGAUAUUAUUAAAAGUAUUUGAUAAGGACUGCAAAGAUUUAUCAGAGCAGUGCUGUUCAUGAAGUCUUAUUAUGUGUUUGCAUAACUGUAGAUGAGAUUGUUGCUGAAGAUCAAACUUUCAAGUAAAAUUGAGAAUGCAAGUAAAUAUCUGUUGUGAUUUUAUAUUUUGCAACAACUUCCGUCACUACAACAUUCCAUACUUGUGCUCUCAGCUGGAUAUUUUACAUCUUUCAUUUAGUACAGUUCAUAGAUACUCAAUCUGCAUAGAUAUUUGUUCCAUUGCAAGUCAGUAUGGCAUGUAGGUUGAGAGUUUGUUAGGAAAAAGAAGAAAAGAAAAAAAAUCCAGAUCUAGGCAUGUUUAUGAUAUAAAAUCAAUCCCCCAAACAGAGAACAAAAAUCCAUUUUAAUAUAAAUUCAGUUUAAUUAUUAGAUUCAGUUUAAACUUCUUAAUCCACUUCCUUAAGUUCAGAAAUCUGAAUUACUUACCUUCUACAUAGAUCUUUAUUCUAAAGUCAGAAAAUCUGGAUUAGUUACCUUCUAUAGGUCUUCAUUACAAUUACUCAUAUUAAUACAUAGUUAACCGAGCACACCAUAAUAAGCUACUGUAAUAUGUAAAAUAUACAUGCUUUAAAGGCAAUCAGUUCAGUGGUAGCUGCUCUAAGUUAUUCAUUAGGGCACACACCUGUGACAAUAAUAAUAAUAAUAAUAAUAAUAAUAAUAAUAAUACAUAAAUUAAAGAGAAGCAAAAUGACACAAACAUUUGACAUGGAAUGAUCUUAACAACAAUUUCAGGAUUUUAUUAUAUCAUCCUAUCACAUUUUGCCAGUAUAACAUUCUUUCAUCCAGUAUCCAUAAGUGUAUUGAAUGGAACAGGUAUGCCUUGUAUACCAAACAUACAUUUGUUGAACAACUUGAUAUAAUGCAGGAACUGCCUGCACUCAAGCAUUUAGUAUUUAAGGGGCUGAUAGAUGUAUAAUGUUAUUGAAAUAAUUGUAUAUAUGUAUGUGAAUAUAUGGAAAAUUGUGGUU